AUGGCGAAAGACGGCCAGCGGUCAGCAGCUGCUGACAAGGGAAAAGGCAAAGUCGACGAUGUUCACGAGCUAAACGGACAGAAAAAAGAUGCAAAGGAUGAUAAAACCAAGGCUGGAAAGAAGGAGGACAAGAAUGAUGAGCUACAAGAAGAGGAACUUAAUGAAGAAGAUCAAAAUCUCAAGAAUGAGCUUGAGAUGCUGGUGGAGCGACUCAAGGAGCCCGACACAUCCCUGUAUCGCCCCGCCCUAGAUGCCAUCAAGAACUUUAUAAAAACAUCUACAUCGUCGAUGACGGCUGUUCCGAAGCCCUUGAAGUUCCUCCGACCGCACUAUGACGAGCUCACGGAAGUUUACGAGAGAUGGCCAGCAGGGCCAGAAAAGGACUCCCUCGCAGAUACGUUGUCCGUCCUCGGAAUGACCUACGGUGUGGAGGACAAGCUUGAAACACUCAAAUAUCGCCUUCUUUCCAAGUCUCCGGCCGAGGAUCUAGCCUCAUGGGGCCACGAAUACGUUCGACACCUUGCGCUAGAGAUUGGACAAGAAUAUCAAAACCGAUUAGCAGAGGACAGGGAUUUUGGUGAUCUCACCGAACUGACUUUGUCUCUUGUCCCCUACUUCCUAUCACACAACGCCGAAGCCGACGCCGUCGAUUUACUCAGCGAGCUCGAGAUGAUCGAGGAGAUCUCCAAGUUUGUGGAUGAAAACACCUACCAAAGAGUCUGUCUCUACAUGGUCAGCAUGGUCAACCUCCUCACAUAUCCUGAAGACCAGCAAUUUCUCCGCACAGCGCACGAGAUCUAUGUUCGAUACAACAAGUUGGCACAGGCGAUUGUUAUCGCUAUCCGUCUCAAUGAUCUUGAUCUUAUCAGGGCCGAUUUUGCUGCUACUGAAGAUAAAGCUUUGAAGAAACAGAUGGCUUUCUUGGUUGCUCGGCAGCAGAUUUGGUUCGACCUAUCUGGCGAUGACGAGGAAGACCAAGAGUUGGCGGAAUGUCUCAACAACACUCAAAUCCCUACACAUUUCAAGGCCCUGGCUAAGGAGUUGAAUAUUCUCGACCCCAAGAUGCCGGAAGAUAUAUACAAAACUCACUUGGAAAGUAGCAGAGGUGCAGGCUUGACGAAUGUUGAUUCCGCACGGCAUAACUUGGCUAGCGCAUUCGUGAAUUCGUUCGCUAACGCUGGGUACGGAAGUGACAAGAUGAUGUUGGUUGAGGGUGACAAGGGAUCUUGGGUGUGGAAGACAAAGGACGAUGGAAUGCUUUCAACCACAGCUUCUCUCGGUAUGCUUCUACACAGAGAUGUGGAAGGCGGUUUAGACAAAAUCGACAAAUUCACAUAUGCUCAGGAAGACCAAAUCAAGGCUGGCGCUCUGCUUGCUAUUGGUAUUCUCAACUCCGGAGUCCGUCUUGACUCUGAUCCUGCAAUGGCUCUCCUCAGCGACCCCGACAACAUCGAAAACAAAAGCAUUCCUAUGCGCGUGGCAGCUAUCAUGGGUCUCGGUCUGUCUUAUGCCGGUUCCAACAAAGAAGAGCUUUUGGAUGUCCUCCUUCCCAUUGUGGAAGAUGUUUCUCUAGACAUGCAACUCUCAGCUAUGGCUGCUGUUGCUCUCGGUUUUAUCUUUGUUGGCUCAUCUAAUCACCAAGUCUCGGAAGCAAUUGCUUACACAUUGAUGGAUGAGGAACGACAAAAACAACUCAAGGACAAAUGGACAAGAUUCAUGGCACUGGGAUUGGCUUUACUCUACUUCGGACGACAAGAAGAGGUUGAUGUUAUCCUAGAUAUUCUUAAGGCUGUUGACCAUCCCAUGGCUAAGCCCACAGCUGUACUGGCUUCCGUCUGCGCGUGGGCUGGCACUGGCACUGUCUUGAAGAUCCAGGAACUUCUUCAUACAUGCAAUGAAUUUAUUGAAGAUAAGGAAGAAAACAAAGGCGAUGAGCUCGUUCAGUCGUAUGCUGUUCUGGGUCUGUCUCUCAUUGCUAUGGGAGAAGAUGUUGGCUCGGACAUGAUUCUACGACAAUUCGGACACUUGAUGCAUUACGGUGCAAGCAACAUCCGCAAGGCUGUGCCACUUGCAAUGGGACUUAUCAGCCCCAGCAACCCACAGAUGAAAGUUUACGACACCUUGUCGCGAUACAGUCACGACAACGACAAUGAUGUCGCUAUUAACGCCAUCUUUGCCAUGGGUUUGACUGGCGCUGGUACUAACAAUGCUCGUUUGGCGCAACUGUUGCGCCAGCUUGCCAGCUAUUACCACCGUGAUCAGAACUCACUAUUCAUGGUCCGAAUUGCCCAAGGCCUGUUGCACAUGGGUAAGGGUACAGUCUCCGUCAACCCAUUCCAUACAGAUCGCCAAGUGCUUUCUCGAGUAGCUGCUGCAGGCCUCCUUACCGUCUUGGUCGCCAUGAUUGAUGCAAAGCAAUUCAUCCUCGCUGAGCACCACUACCUUCUCUAUUUCCUCAUCACAGCAAUGCAUCCCCGCUUCCUCAUUACACUUGACGAAGACUUGCAGCCUCUGACUGUGAAUGUGCGUGUCGGUCAGGCUGUAGACGUUGUCGGCCAAGCUGGUCGACCAAAGACCAUCACCGGAUGGCAAACACAGAGCACACCAGUCCUUCUCAGUUACGGUGAGAGGGCGGAGCUUGAAGAUGAACAGUAUAUUCCUCUCAGUAGCACACUUGAAGGUUUAGUGAUUUUGCGCAAGAACCCCGAGUGGGAAGCCUCGACCUAA